CUAGGUUAUGCGUAUUUAUGCGCGAGGUACGCAAGCGCAGGUAGCAAGAAGUAUCGUUUGAACUUUUGAAAUUUGAAACCUUAGAAACUAUUUUAAUAAGUCGUCGCAGUCAAGUUUUUGAAAUGUUAAAGGUUACACUUUGCAGGUAAUUUCAGAAAAGUGACCUUUCAAUUUAGUACCUGCAAUUGAAAUUAUGCUAGAGUCAAACAUAGUAAGAUAUUACUAAAGAGGCUUGUAUUUGUAUCAUUUUAAACUAAAAAUUAGAGUGCAAUGGAAUCCAGUUCAGAUCAAUUCACCUCAGUUUAUCGACAUGAUUUCAUACCUAUUGAUCGCGGUUUUCAACUGCCGGCCAAGCCUGAUUAUGACCGUACGUAUACAAUUAGAGAAGAUGCUCCGUUUGUUAGUACUACCGGUACUUCUUCAAUGUCAUCAUCAGAAUCGGUCGAUUUGGCAAAUGAAUAUCUUGAAAAUACUUUUAAGCAUGAACAACCAAAAUUAUACAAGAAGUACUUCAAAAAUGUAUCAUCAUUAAAUAAAGACAUAAUUGAAGCGGAGUUAGUCCAAGACACAGUUUACGUAAACGAUUACUGCCGACAUAUGAAAGGGCCAGUCGAGGACAAAUUUGACAUUGAACUUGAAUCGCCUGAAGCCAUCGAAUCCACCAUGCGAGAUCAUUACAGACAGCCAUCAAAACUCGGAAAACUAUCGCAUCAUUUAGUCCGGGCACCGCAAUCAACCCUAACAAGGAACCAAAAUGUCGUCACAUCUGUCUCGAAAUUAGCCAACACAUCCGAAUAUCAAAGAUUGAUUGGAUCCACUGGUAAAUUCAUAAUGGAUAAUGAGAUGUAUGGAAAAAUGAUUUAUCCUUCAUAAAACACUUAAACAUUUUCAAUAACAUGAAUAUUAACAACAAGAAUAUUAGGAAUAUAAAUAUACAAAAAGAAUGUUAUGAA